AUGUCAAGUGAAAAUCUUCCACCAGAUGUUAUUAAAAGAGUAGUUAAAGAAUUAAAAGAAUUAAAUUCGUCAACAUUAGAAGGUAUUACAUUAUUACCAUGCGAAGAAGAUAUAACAAAUAUUGAAGCAGUAGUUACAGGACCAGCAGGAACACCAUAUGAAGGUGGUUAUUUUAAAGCAAGAUUAAUUCUCUCUUCCGAUUUCCCAAGAUCACCACCAAAAGCAAACUUUAUCACUAAAAUAUUUCAUCCAAAUGUUUCAAAAAAAGGUGAAAUUUGUGUAAACACUUUAAAAAAAGAUUGGACUGAAGAUUUAGGUUUAAAACAUAUUCUAUUGACAAUUAAGUGUUUAUUAAUUGUACCAAAUGCUGAAUCAUCUUUAAACGAAGAUGCAUCAAGAUUACUUUUAGAAAAUUAUGAUGAUUAUUGUAAACAUGCCAAAUUAUUUACAUCAAUUCAUGCAUCAAAACCAAUCAUUGAUAGUAACAAUAAUAAUGAAAAUUCAACAACCACACCAACAACAACUACAACAGCAACUACACCAUCAACAAACACAGCUUCUAUUUCAUCACCAGUUAAAAAGAAAACUGAAACUACAAAUUCAACAACCACAAAAGUACAACCAAAGAAAAGUUUAAAAAGAUUAUAG